CUUUUAGUCACACCCACACAAUAUAUACCCUCACUCCUCUCCAACCUUAGCCCAUCUCCUCCACCUUCUCUUUCUGAUCAAAACCCACCAAGCCAAAAACAUAAAAAUAAGGGAUGGCAGCCUUAUCUUUCUUUACAUUCUUCACUUUGAUCAUCUUCCUCCACUCAGCCACAGUUUCUGCUCAGUCUCCAGCAGCAGCCCCUGCACCAUCAGCAACCAAUGUGACUGCUAUUCUUGAGAAGGCUGGUCAAUUCACCACCUUGAUUAAGCUACUCAAAAGCACCAGGAUGUCUGACCAAAUCAACACACAGCUCAGCACCUCAAACCAGGGCAUCACCCUCUUUGCACCAACUGAUAAUGCCUUUUCCAGCCUCAAAUCUGGCACGCUAAACUCCAUUUCAGAACAGCAAAAGCUGCAGCUUAUGCAAUUUCACGUCCUACCGAAUUUCUUUUCGGUCUCACAGUUCCAAACUGUCUCCAACCCUUUGCAUACACAAGCUGGAAAUAGCAAUGAUGGCCAGUUCCCAUUAAAUGUGACCACAGCAGGGAACCAAGUGAACAUAACAACAGGGGUUGUCAAUGCAACUGUGGCUAAUACCAUAUUUACUGACAAUCAGCUAGCUGUGUAUCAGGUGGACCAGGUGCUCCUUCCUUUGAACAUUUUUGGCCCAGCAGCACCGGCUCCGGCGCCAUCUGCACCCAAAAAAAGUGUUAAAGGGGCUGAUGCCCCUUCA